GAGGUGCAGAGUGAGCAGAGAGACAGCCGGUCACAGAGGGUAGAGGGUGCAGACAGAGGUGUGUAGGAGGCAGGCACAGAGGUGAUGAGACAGCCCCCUCCCUGCACUCACACAAUGUGAUCCGGGAGAGAUCACACAACACACUGAUUGACAGCUGGAGACUCCUAAAAAGGGAAUUGCUAUGAAGUUUAUAUAGAGAGGAGCGGAGAGGACGGCACAGUGUCACCCGGAUCCCCCCCCAGCAUGCACUGCCAGGCCGAGCUCCGACUCUCCGCCCCGGGACAAAUCAAGGCUGCCAGGCGGCGAUACAAAUCUUUUAUGAUCGAUGAGAUUCUAUCCAAGGAGACCUGCGAUUACUUUGAGAAGCUGUCACUGUAUUCCGUGUGCCCUUCCCUGCUGGUCCGACCCAAGCCCCUGCAUUCAUGCCCCGGUUCAUCUCCGCUCCGGUCAUACCCGCUUCUCUCCGUCAUCACCCGCCAGCCCAAUGUUCUUUCCCACUUGAUCCCUUCGCCUUCGUCCUUGCACAUACCUGUGCUCUCCCCCACACAUCUCUCUUCGCCUUGUGCGCGAUCGGAGACCCCCGCCAGUGAAGCCCCCCAAAGCAGCGAAUCAGAGAUCGAGCAGGCGGCCCCUCGUGUGAAGAAGCCACGGCGCAGCAGAACGAUCUUCACUGAAAUGCAACUCAUGGGACUGGAGAAGAAGUUCCAGAAACAGAAGUAUCUCUCAACUCCAGACCGGCUGGACUUGGCUCAGUCUCUGGGCCUGACACAGCUGCAGGUCAAGACGUGGUAUCAGAACCGAAGGAUGAAAUGGAAGAAAAUUGUGCUUAAGGGUGGACAGGAGGCCCCCACCAAGCCAAAAGGACGUCCCAAGAAGAAUUCCAUCCCAACUUCUGAAGAAAUUGAAGCGGAGGAAAGGCUGCACAGACAGGCAGGGGAGAUGAAGGCAGAUGUUGAUGACGGGAAUGAGGUCCAAGAGCCAGAAGAAGACCAGGAUGACAAGACUGUGGAGGUGAAUGAACAGGAUGAGAGCCAGAAUCCAGAAUCUCCAUCGCCCCCUCUGCCUUGCACAUCACUAGAGGCCUCACCCAACGAACAGGAAUCCUCAAGAUAA